GCAGGCUAACAGCAGAGCAGCAGCCGGCUGAGUCAACCUUCAGUCCUAGCCCCAGUUUCAGCCGCCUGUCGCUGUCCACCUUGCUUCAUACUAAAACCGGACGGACUUUGCUCCGUUUAACUGAGUCAUGGAAACCAGCGGCAGGCAUCUCACGGUUUAGCCAGGACUUGUUGAUUGCCAGAGAAACAUGGAGCCAGAUGUGAUUCGCAUGUACUCCUCAUCUCCACCUCCAAUGGAAGAUGGAGCGGAGGAAGAGGAUGACGAGUUUGGAGACUUUGGAACCUUCUCUGGCGUCCCGAACAGCAUCAGCUUCACAGAGUUCGACACCCCGACCACGUUCAACCAGGCUCAAGCUUUGGCUGCCACCUCCCCGCCAGAACUCAUCAACAACAAGGGAGUGAUUGGAUUUAGCCAUAGCUCCUCUAACGGGACCCACAACUCCUCCAAUGAGUUGUCCAAGGUUAAUGGUGUAGUCCACUUGGGCAGCGGGCCCUCAGAAAGAACUGAGAUGAAAAAGGUUGUCUCCAGUUCCCUGGAUUUCUCAGGGAGCAGUACAGCUGAUUGCAAUGGUGGAGGCACAGAGGUGCUAACAAACGGGUUUGACGUUCAGGGAAGCCCUUCCUCACAGAAUUCUGUCCACUCUCAUAUACAAACCUCCACUGAGGACAUGAGCAGUGUCCCUGUAGAGGACGAUUUUGCAGACUUUGCUGCUUUUUCUAAUGCUGAAGGACACCUUAGCCAGAUGGCAUAUGAGGACUCAGACAAUCCCACAGGGACAGAGACUGCCUGCCGUGAUGAACACUGUAAUAUAGAGGACAAUGUCAGGGACGCAAACAGAACUGGAUCCAACAAAUCAGGUUCUGAUUUUGCAUCUGUUCCCACUGAGGCCCCUGACGACUCAUGCAAUACGGACCGGGGCUCUCACACAGAGCCUGACUCUCAACCAAGGGACCUAGCCUUUGCACACUCAGCCUCUGCAGCAGAUUGCACUAACCAGUCACUCACUCUGAACGGGGUGGAUGUAGCAGACGGGGACGAGUACAAAGAUACCGCCGAUCUCUACCCUGAUUUACCCGCAGAUGGCGAGGCAGGACAUUCAGAUGGGAAGGGCUCUGAGACAGAAACAGAGACAGAGACAUCAUUUGGCCGGCCACUGUCCACAGAUGCUUUAGAGGAAUAUGGUGACAUGAGCACCACAGGAUCUGUGCCCUCCCCACCCCUCCAGGAGGACACUGCGACACCAGCUGACCACAGCCAGCUGCCUGAGGACGAUGAGGAUGAGGACUUUGGUGACUUUGGAGAUGCCGGCUCAUUCAGUACCCAGGGCUUCGCAGAUUUUGAGCAGCUGGAGGUACAGCAGGAGCAGAGCGGGUCACAGACCUCAACUGGCCAUAACAUGCAGGAGGAGAAGGGGGAGAAGGAGGAGGAGGAUGAUGACUUUGGUGACUUCAACUCUCCCAAAUUUCAUAAAACAGAGGGUGAGGAAGGAGGCAAAUUUGCAGACUUCCCAGUCAGUGAUAGUUUUGGGAAUUUUAGCUCAGCAGCUGAAGGUGCAGACGCUGGGUGGAGUGCCUUCGGGGAACCAGAGGAGCAGCAGCAGCAGUUGGAUGGGGAGUCCUGGGCAGCCUUCAGCACAGAAGAGACUGUCCCUCCUCCCCCUGUGGGGAGCAGAGAAGAGGAAGACGAGGAGGAGGAGGAGGAGGAGGAGUGGCAUGAAAGUGAAUCUCCAGCUGUCACUGAGCAGAGUGGCAGCACAGACAGGCAGACGGCAUCGCUAUCCGACCGUCUGGAGAAGCUGUUUCAGAGCAGCUUCCCUCAGACUCCCGCCCCCCAGCUGGAGGAUGAGGUGGUUUCACUGAAGAUCUUGCUGGAGCCUGCAGAGGACAAACCAGAGUCAGGAGCUAAGGAGGACAGCAGGCCACCAUGCAACAGGGCUGUGCGUGGUAGCGUUUGGAUGCAGCUGCAGGACAUCCAUGAGGCGUUUGGCCUCCGACAUCAGUGGGGAGGCUCCCACUGCAACAAAGCACUACUCUGCAGUUUGGGCAUCGACACUCGAAACAUUCUGUUCACAGGACAAAAGAAGCAGCCGGUCAUCGUGCCCAUGUACGCUGCCAGCCUGGGGAUGCUGGAACCGACCAAAGAGCCCGUGAAGCCUGUCUCUGCAGCAGAGAUGAUUGCCUCAAUAGCCCAGGCACCUCCAGUGGCUCCAGAGAAAAGCUCCUGUCCUGCAGACACAGUACAGCAGGAGGUGCUCCCUCCCGUCCAGUUUGACUGGAGCAGCAGUGGCCUUACCAACCCUUUGGAUGCGAGCGGAGGCUCGUCUCUUUUAAAUCUGGAUUUCUUUGGCCCAGUGGAGGAUUCAGGCUCCACCAGCUCGCCCUCCAUCCCAGGCGUCGACCCUGAGCUGUAUGAGCUGACGACAGCCAAACUGGACUCUGGCAGCUCCGGCAGCCGAGUGGCAGACGCUUUCGCCCGCCUGAUGUCCACCAUGGAGAAGACCAGCACCUCCACCAGGAAGCCGAAGAAAGACGAGAACCUGAGCGAGGAGGCGGCCAAAGUGAUUGCCAGCCUCCCGGAUCUUUCCUUCAUGCAGGCUAAGGUUUUGAUGUUCCCUGCCACGCUGACACCGCUUGGCUCCCAGAAUGCAUCAGACUGAAGCCCCGCCUCUCCUCUGGCCCCGCCCACUGCGCCUACUUAGCCCCUCCUCCUCUAGCACUGACUCCUCAGUCCAUUUUAUAUCAAGCUCUUGUCGUCUGUUUAGUUUUUUUCUCGCUGUGGCUUCAACCCCUCCUUCCUUUUCAUACUUUUAUUUUGCGCUUUUGUUCUUUUCCAGUUAAUAAUUUUUUAAAAAGAAAAGCGUGUAUUGUCACAGGAAACAGCUCAGAUGUGAAGGAGGGGGAGUGUUCAGCCUGCACAUUUAGCAGAAUAGGAGAUGAGGUAAUUAAUUUAUAUAGUUGAUAAUUUAUAGAGGGGUGUGAUGUUCAUAUCUAGGAGAAUCAUUAUGUAUAUAAUCAGGGAUAAAUUGUUUAUUUUCCCGUUUUUCUUUUCUUUAAAUUCCUUUUUUAAUUCUGGAUGAUUUUGGAGGAUGAUUUUAUGUCUGUGUUGGGAGUGUUUGUCUGUGAAGGAAACAAAAACACUGGCUGAAGCUCUUUGAAUCAAACUGAAGUGGAAUAUAUAUGACAAGCAUAAAUUAAUACAUUUAUAUACAUAUAUAAGAAAUAUAUAUAAAUAUAUAUUUAUCGACUUGAAACCACACUGCCUGCAAAAUCCAGCUGAAUGUUUUGUCCCCUUGUUGUUAAAGGCCUUAGUUUUUACUUUCAGUCAGUCUGUAGAUUUUAACCCGCAGUGUACUGUGUUGUUGUUUUUUUGUUUUGUUUUUGUAAUUUAAUGUAGGUUUUUAAUAUGAUUUAUGUCCAACUCCCCCUUUUUGCUGCAGUCCAUCCAUCCUCACUAAAUUACUGGAUGGUUUAAACAUUUUCUUUCUUUCAUUGGGAAACUUCCACCGACCAAAACACUGGUAAUUCUGGUGAGUUGAUGCAUCCUCAGCUGUUCCUGGAAGGUUUUUGUUUUUAUCCCAAAAGUUUGACAGAUUUUCCAGCUGUUGUGGCAGGUGGAUAGAAAUAAGCUUCCAAAACUUGUUCAUUGUCCAGCGUCCACCGAUGAUUUCUGUGUCAUUUGGGGGUAAAAAUGGGACAUUUUGGUUAAAACCACUCAGCAGUGAAGGUCAAUUCACAUCAGAAGGGAAUUAAGGGACCAAUUUCUGCUUCAAUGUAUUUGGGUUACGUACACUGUUUAUGAUAUGAAGUGCUUUUUUUGUUGUUUUUCGCAGCUCUUAUUCUUUCAUGUUGUAUUUUUUUUUUGUUUUGUUUUGUUUUUUUUUUUUGCUCAUACUACUGUCAGCCCCAUCUCCCAGGAGGAUUUUGCACAUUGUAAAGAUGAAAUGGAUGUAAUCAUAGUUCACUGUGGCUUUAGACUGUGUACAGUUAAACUAUGGACUGUAAAAUGUACGGGAAAAUUCCUAUGGAAAAAAACUGAAUCACUUGAAGAGCCUGUCAAAAGGUUAUCGUGCAUGCCCAGGUUCUUUUGAGACUAAGUGUGUAAAUUUUACUUUUAGUGUACACAAGAAAUUAAAAUAAUUUAAGAGAAAA